AUGGUCUUUUCACUCUCCGGUAUCCGUUCCAUCCCUACACGCAUAUGCUGCCUCCAACGUGGUACCCUCGACAUCUUCUUCACAGUGCCGGAUAAUCUAGAGAAGUUUCUUAAACAAUUAUUUCCAGACAAGUCCAGUGGCCUGAGACGAUUAUCUCUUGCUCAACAAUUUCACGGUUAUCUAGAAAUGCAUGCGUUGGCACCACAUCUACAGGGUCUGUUGGACAACGAGCAAUGCCAUCAGCUGCAUCUCGAGAGUCUGCGCUUUUCCAGCUUAGGUGUGAAGGGCAUGUUCGAAAAAUUGCAAACCCCGCCUGAUCUGAGCAUGCCGGCAGAGCUGCGAUCCUGCGAGUGUAAGGGAGCUGACGAAUUUGCGCGAGACUUUGGGCGCAGGCUCAAGGAAGACCAGACGGCCUCACCUCUGCGCCGCUUGUACGCUGGACGGAAUGAGGCCAGCAGCUCUCUCGAUGAUUUGAUGGACUGGUCUGAAGUCCUAGAGAUCCGAGGCCGACUCGCUUUGGACCCGUAGGUAUAUCAAUCGUAUC